UCCUUUGAACUCUCUGGUUGAACGUUGUUGUACCUGAAACAACUACAGAUUCUUUCCUUCUGUGUAUUUUUUUUUUAAAGAAAUAAAACGAUGAUUUUUUUAACUGAUUGUUCUUCAAUCAAAUCGAUUGCCCUUCACAUUUCAAGACUUCGCCCCAAAAACUGGAGUGUGGCAGAUCACAACCCUUCAAGAUUUGUAGUGAAUAGAAGCUAAGAAUGACGAAGAAGAAAAGGGUUCAUUUCCUACUCGCCAUUGUCGCCAUCUACGGUCUCAGCACCGCCGCUGAAAAAUGUCGAGAGAUGGUUGGCAGAGAGGCUGCAUCCAAAAGCGGGCAGUUUAGUAUCAUGAACUGUUUAGAUGGUGGCACGGGAACCGUAGCAUGCAUAGUGAAGGAGGGCGUAAAGACUUACGUUUAUAGCAUCAAAAGCACGCACGUUGAGAUAGCAAGCCAUCUUGCAAAGGAAGGUGCUCUGGCCGAAGCUAUAUCUCAAGGGAAGACCGCCAAAGAUGCAACUAAAGAAGCCCAGAAAGCGGCGGCAAAAGCAGCCAAAGUGGCAACGCGCCAAGCCGAGCAUAUUCUUGGCCCCAUUGUCUCUUCGGGGUGGGAUCUUUUCGAAGCAUUUUACUUCGGGGGCACAAUAGCGGAAGGGACCCUAAGAUGCUCGGGUACAUUGGUUGGCACGUAUUUGGUCGGGUUUCUAGGCGAGAAGAGCUACGGAAGGGUUGGAUACUUUGUUGGAAGCAUGCUAGGUAGUUGGGGUGGAGGGAAGGUGGGUCUGAUGAUUUAUGAUUUGGUGAAUGGAGUAGAAUACAUUCUUCAGAGCCUCCAGCUGAAGAAACCUCAACAACAACAUUACCGGAGGCCAGCAGGACAUGAAGAAUUAUAAACUAGCUUAGAUGGUCUUAAAACAUGCUUGCUAUACCUAAGAAAAAACAAAUUAUUGCAGCUAAACUCAACUCAAUUGCCAAUGACCUUGUGGUCUAGUGGCACCCGAUUGCACUCUCAUGUGGAAGGGGGUGGGCUCGAGUCUCAAUAGAGGCGCUGCUGUCUUUUUGUGCUUCAGUAGGUUGAAACUAACAUUCAAUAUUGGGUGGGGUGCAUUUUUUUUUAAAUGCCGUUUUUAGUCUCUAAGUUAUAGAACAAGUAUAAGUUAAUUCCUAAUUAUAAUAAGUUGUAAAUUUAACAUUUAAUUAGUUACAAUAGUUAUUAUCAUCAA